CGCUGCGUUUUUGCUUUAAAUGUACGUAUUGUGCUUUUUCUUCGGGUUUCUCAUCAGUGCUGUUUGCAUUUCAGUUUAUGGGUGAAAACGCGGUCUGGCAAGAUCCGGAAGGUGAAGUUCGUAAAUGGCAACGAGACACUGGCACUGCUGCAUGGGGUGAUCCAGAGAAACAGUCAAAAGAAAUUAAACGAUGGUUGGUACCAGCUGGGAAAGAGUUUGAAUCUGCAGAAGGUGAAGGUGGUCCUAAAAGUGUUGGGAAAAGCUACCUUUUCAGUGCUCCGUUAGUACUCGGGAAAGGCAAAAAACUAAAAUUGGCAUUAUUUUGAAU